AUGAAAUUUAUUAUUCUAUCACCAGUAUAUAUCUUCGCAAUUUCUUUUUGCUGUCUAGAAAAUUUUUUGUCUGUAAAUUUUAUACGUAUAAUAAAAAAUGAAAAUGGACUACAUUUUUUAUUGGAAAAUUUAAAAAAUAACCAUGGAUACACAAGAAAAUUAGAAGAGGAAGAGAGUUCAAAAAUUCAUUUAUUGGAUAGCCAAUUCGAUAAUUUUAUUAUUGAGAAUAAUGCAGGUUGUUCAUCAGCUUUUGAGAACAUGAUUGAUCUUAGUGUAUUUGAUGAUAUAGAUUCUAUUGAAAAAGAAGUAUCUAAUGUAAAUACUAGUGUUAAUGAUGAAAUAAAAAGUGAUAAAAUAAAUAAGAACUUUAGAAGAUAUAGAAGUUGUUGCAAAUUAAGAGGUGAAAAUUGUGGUAAUCAUUUUACAAGUAAUUUAAGAACUAAGAGGAAGGUUCCUGCAAGGAAUGCAUUAUAUAAUACGAAUAAAAUGACAGAAAGACUUAAAGAAAAAGGAAAAUAUCAUAAAGAUGGUUUAGAUUAUACGGAAAAUGUAAAAGAAAAAAUAUAUCAGAAAAAACCAUGUGGGUCAGGGGAAUCUAGUGAGUCUUUCAUGAACGCUACAAGCACAGGAAAUAAUAAGGUAUUGAAUAAACACAAUUUAUCUAUAAAAGAUGAAAUGUAUGAUGAACCUGGUCCAUCUGGGAUUAAUAAAAGAUGA